UGGUAAGUACUGCAUACCUGUGUACAGCUUGGCACUACCAUUAUUUUGCAACAAGACACAGCUCUCUGACGCUCUAUUUGCCUAGCUUGUGAAUGUAAAUAAAACUGUCUCCUGUCCAGUGGGAAGAGGGCAUAUCUUCCUUAUCUUCCCAAAGGGGUGCCAGCAGUGAGGCCAGGACUGUUCCCUCUUGACCCUGGGAACUGCUCAAUGAAUUUUGCUGGUAUUUUCCUGAUGCAGUGGCCCUGGGAGGGAGAGGAGGAGAUCUUCCUUUAUUGACCAGACUUCUUUUUGAAACCUGUCCUUUUUUUUUUUUUUUUUUUUUUUCUUUCCAGAGCCAAAAAUUACCAACUUCAGAGCUCUAAAGAAACUCAGGGAUCUGGUUCAGAUCUUUUAAAAUUAUAAACUGAGCCCAGAAGCAUGUCGGAACUGAGACCCGAGAUGUUUGUUUUACUCACAUACAACUGCAUUCUUUAAAAAUCAAGGCAAUAUUUUGAGAGACCUCGAGAGAUUUAACUCCCUAACCUCCCCCACUGCACCUCCUGCCCGCAGUGGAGAGGGGAGACACGGAUCUCAUCCAGCAACCUAAGCGUUAAACUCAAUCCAGAGCCUAACAUGCGAUUGGCCAAACACCGGGAAAAGAUCUGGUUUUCGCAGCCGCGGGCCAAUGGGUACCUCGAGUGGGAGGGUUUGAAGAUACUAAGGAGUUUUUCCCCCCUUUUUUUCUCUCCACCCCCUCCCAUCGGCCAUCGCCCGCCCCCACUUCCCCAAUCCCUUAGGCCGCCAGUUUGUUAAAUUAAUGCAGUAAGAAAGUCUGAAGAUCUGAAGGAGUCGUAGCCAAAGGAAGAUGGACGAGCUCAGAAAACCGAAAUGCAUCUGAAGCCUUGGGCUCCUAAGCUCCGCGGGGUCGCCAUGGACCCGGGCAGCCUCUGAAACUUGCCCUGAGCUCUCUCACGCCUGCAGCCCCGAGCAAUGGGACGCCUUUCCUGCAGCGAUCAUAACUUAUUCGGCGGGGACCAGAGAACAGGGAUCGCAAGGCGACAGCAGACGGGUACGCAGGCAGGGGAACGAGAUUCCCGGGACUCGGUCGCGAUGCGCCAGCCUGGCAUAUUCUCCGGGAUUUAACUGAAGGCAACACCGUCAAUCGCUUGCCCUCUCCCCUUAACCCCUCAGGCCAGCCCAGGGGCAUAAAACCCUGCUCUCUCUACCCAAGAUGCUCACCCAAUGUAACGAUCCGAGGCCAGCGUUCUGAUCGCCACAGAAGAUUUUUUUUUUCUUUCACGGAGCUGUCCGUUUAAACAGAAAAACAGAGAUAAAAAAGAAAAUAUACCCACCCUCAAACGUGCCUCCCCAGCGCCGCAGGGAGCCAACAGACAAGCUUGAGUUUAACAAACAGCAAUACUCUUCGCGCUCCUGAAAAGCAGGAUUGGACGCUCUCCGUGGUGCUGAAACAGCGGCUUCCUCCGUCCGUAACACCUACAGCCCCCUUGCUCCGACUUCCCCUGGGGCUCUCCCUCUGCGCCCCUGUUCCCCACUUCCCCUUAGCAUCUGGAUUAUUUUUUCAACAUCCCUCGCUGAUCUUGUAAGUGCCAAUUUGAAAUAUUUUUGCCCCCAUAACUCGUGGACUACAAAGCACAAGGACCUGAAAAAUGUACCGCUUCAAUACUCUUCGACUCUACCUUUGGGAGACCAUUGUAUUCUUCAGCCUUGCUGCUUCUAAGGAGGCUGAAGCUGCCCGCUCCGCAUCCAAGCCUAUGUCACCCUCGGAUUUCCUGGAUAAGCUAAUGGGAAGAACCUCUGGAUACGAUGCCAGGAUCAGGCCCAAUUUUAAAGGUCCCCCAGUGAAUGUGAGCUGCAACAUUUUCAUCAACAGCUUUGGUUCCAUUGCUGAGACAACUAUGGAUUAUAGGGUCAACAUCUUUCUGAGGCAGCAGUGGAACGACCCCCGGCUGGCCUACAACGAAUACCCAGAUGACUCUCUGGACCUGGACCCAUCCAUGCUGGAUUCCAUCUGGAAACCUGACCUGUUCUUUGCCAAUGAGAAGGGGGCCCACUUCCACGAGAUCACCACGGACAACAAACUGCUGCGGAUCUCCCGGAAUGGGAAUGUCCUCUACAGCAUCAGGAUCACCCUGACGCUGGCUUGCCCCAUGGACUUGAAGAAUUUCCCCAUGGACGUCCAGACGUGCAUUAUGCAACUGGAAAGCUUUGGAUACACCAUGAAUGAUCUCAUCUUUGAGUGGCAGGAGCAGGGGGCUGUGCAGGUGGCAGAUGGCCUCACUCUGCCCCAGUUUAUCCUGAAGGAGGAGAAGGACUUGAGAUACUGCACCAAGCAUUACAACACAGGCAAAUUCACCUGCAUUGAGGCCCGCUUCCACCUGGAGCGACAGAUGGGCUACUACCUGAUCCAGAUGUACAUCCCCAGCCUGCUCAUUGUCAUCCUCUCGUGGAUUUCCUUCUGGAUCAACAUGGAUGCCGCCCCAGCCCGCGUGGGCCUGGGUAUCACCACCGUGCUCACCAUGACCACCCAGAGCUCAGGCUCCCGAGCAUCCCUGCCCAAGGUGUCCUACGUGAAAGCCAUUGACAUUUGGAUGGCUGUGUGCCUGCUCUUCGUGUUCUCAGCCCUGCUCGAGUAUGCCGCCGUCAACUUUGUGUCUCGGCAGCACAAGGAGCUGCUCCGAUUCAGGAGGAAGCGAAGACACCACAAGAGCCCCAUGUUGAACCUGUUCCAGGAGGAUGAGGCCGGAGAGGGCCGCUUCAACUUCUCUGCCUAUGGGAUGGGCCCCGCCUGCCUUCAAGCCAAGGAUGGCAUCUCGGUGAAGGGCGCCAACAACACCACCACCAACCCGCCUCCUGCGCCAUCCAAGUCCCCAGAGGAGAUGCGCAAACUCUUCAUCCAGAGAGCCAAGAAGAUCGACAAGAUCUCGCGCAUCGGCUUCCCCAUGGCCUUCCUCAUUUUCAACAUGUUCUACUGGAUCAUCUACAAGAUCGUCCGCAGGGAGGAUGUCCACAACCAGUGACGGGUCUGGGACGGGGCGGCUGGGAGAGGGCGGGGGAGGAGCGCCGGAGUCCGAGGGCCGGAGGAGGAGGAGGAGGGGAAGCGAGCGAGAGGGGGCCCCCAGCCUCUCCUCCUCGGCGGUGUGUGCAAUCCCCAAUGCAGCGAUGCAUGACUCUUCGAAUGUGGCACUAUCUAUUUAACCUCGGGGGGUGGGGGGGGAGCUUUUCUAAUACAGGAACGGAGGGGCGGGUUCUGGGUGGGGGGGCGGGAGCGGGAGCAAACAGCUUUCAAAAAUGUGAGUCCGUAGGCUGCGCAGUUUUUCCCGUUUGGAAGGAGAGUGCAGUCUGCCCCAGCGCAGAAAGGAAAGCAAUGUAAUAUAUGAUAUAUAUUCAUGCUUAAUAUUAAUGCAAAACCACAAGAACAAAAGAUUUGUUUCUUAACCUAUCAGCCUAGUAACUGCUUAAGUUUUUAAAGUCACAGACGUGAUGGACAAUUUUUCCCAGAGUGGAAACAGUCACAAAUCAGCUUGCUCUGGCGUGUGUCCCACAUCGCACCCCUCCAAAUGCCAUGCCUCGCUCCAGACCCACCCCCAGCGGACACAUGCCAAAAAGCCAUUUCUCCUCUGCUUCAAGAGGGUUGUGCGGCCAGGCACGGGUAGUGGCCAUGGGGAGGAGGGGAGAAAAGAGUCGGGAGUGAGAGAGAGAUGGGGCAUUUCAGAGACCCAAGGACUGCACAUCCGUCCUCACAUCUCCAGGCUAAGGGCCUCUCUGAGCUGCCCCUCUCUGAGCCCUCAUGCUUCUGUGCUCAACGCCCACCUCACCCAUCCUCCACCACCACCUAGAAACGGCCGCCGUAGUUUUUUCAUUAUAUUGCCAAUAUGCAAUCUUUUUUAUGGUUAAAAAAAAAAAGUAAUAAUCUCAAGAAAUAAUAUGCAGAUAGACAGUAUAAACAGAUGCACUUUUUUCAGAUGUCUAUUUUUUUGGAGAGUCUCUUUGGAAUUGCAAGUGGGUGUAUGUUCGCGAAGGUCUGAAGGAGACGUAUGAGAUUGUGGUUCUGCAGUGUGAAGUUUUACAAGGGGAAGGGGUAGUUCGGAGGCCUCUGCUGCUUAAAUACGGGUGGAAAGAGACGGUGAUGUUUAUAACGCCUGCUCAUUAUAGUCACAUUUCAUAUACCACUAACAAUGUGGGAAGCCUGAGGGCAUGACCCCAUUAUAUUUUUAUAAGUCUUUUUUUGUUUUCCUUUUUGGUGCUUUGUUUAGCUUUAACAUUUAGGAAAGUUAGACAAACAUUCCUCUUUCCUUCUAACUCUGAAGUGCCAGAACUAUCCAAGAUAGCUAGGGUACUCCGGGGGAAAAGGAGAGGGACUGGGAAGUGAAUUGUGGGGGACAGGGGGAGCCUGCUGGAAGGCAUGGACAUUCAGACCCCCGUGGGGGUCAAGGAAUUAGUGAGGAGCUGUGUCCAGCAGCCUCUGCCCAUCCCCGUCAAGAGCACUAUGCCUGGAACGAUGGCACGAUCACUCAUAGCAUCCUCUGUCUUAUGGCCCAGGACCGGAAAGACUGGGGUUGUGUUUCUUUCUUUGCACUUUAGUAUCUUCGCUGUGCAUCAAAGUCGUAGGCAGACAGUAAGACACAGCUGACAAUCAGUCUAUUCUGAGGCUUGGGGUUCACUUGUAUCCUUAGAGGGUAUCCCCAAGGUAGGGUAGGACAGAGAUGAGACCUCCUCCCUAGAGCACUAUCCCCAGGGAAAUUUUUCCCAGUCCCUGUGGCACAGUAUUUAAGGUCCACAGAGGCCCAAAGAAACAGGCCCAGACAAGGAUCUAGAGGGACUUAGAUUUAAAAAAAAAAAAAGCUCUAUGCAGCCAAAAAGGAUUUGGCUUUGCAGCUUCAAUGACAAAAGUUCUUUACAUCCAUCCAAGGAAUCAUUGCCUUCCCUUCUCUUGCCCUGUGUAGACCAGAAGGCUAAACUACAUUCUAGCCUUGGAGGAUGUGGAAGAGAAUCUGGGAUCCCUUUUUCUAAGAAGUGUUGAGGGAGGGGAGCCAAGUGAGUAGGGAGUCUCUCAUCUAAGACCACCCUUUUCCCCACAACUAACAUGUGGCUAAGGGAGGAAAAGUUAAAUUGAGGGACUUGUAACAACUACUACCAGUUCAAGACUAGAAUCUCAGCCUUUGAACUGCUGUUAGCACCUUUCAUGAGCACUAUAUUCACUUUACUUAAGGAAGAGGGGGGAAUCUCAAUGCUCAAGUGGCACUUGAGUUUUUGGAGAGGUUAUCAGCCCUUUUCACUCGCACUUUAUUCACUUUAUUUAAGGGGAGAAUCAUUUUUAAAAAAUUUUUAAGAAGCCCUUCUAUUUUACCCAUUUCUAGAUUAAAUUCAAAACAUCUAAAGUCUAGAUGAAUCAGGCAACAAAGGCUAGGCCUCUGCCCAUGACUAAAGACCAUACCCACUGUUCUAAGACAUUCGGGAUCCACUCAAACAGCAAAGUCAAAGUGUCUGGAAUCCCACAGAGGCAGAGAAGUCACUGGGCCACUUGCCCAACCUCUGCUGCAUCCUUAAACUUCUGCCCCAGUAGUCAACGUGUGUGCCCACUGGGGGCUGACAGGUCUAGGUGAUAACACCCAACAGACCACAAAUCAUGUUUAUGAUUCAGAGGCAAGGUGUCACCGACAUCUCCUCAGAUAUUCCAAGCGUGGCCUCCCCCAGACAAAAUAAAUGUGAGUGGACGCAUGACUGCAGUGAAAGGAAGAAUGUGACCCGUAGUCCUGCCAUUAAUACGCUGGGUGACCUUAGCCACUGAAAAUUAGUUUCUCUGAACACACGACGGGGAGAAUAGUGCGGGUGAUUUCUGACUCCCUCCCAGUACUAACUGCUCUCUAUGUGCUUGAACUGGUCCGCAGGAACUCCCACCACAGAAAGUUCAAAGUCAAAAUCUCAUCGUGAAUUAGGAAUGGAGCAUGCUCAGGGAGAAGACGUUAUCAUUAACGUGGGAUGUAGUGAGAAUUUAGCAAUUCGUUACAUGGAUUUCAUCAUUAUAGAAAAUCAAACGAGGUAACUGAGGCCAAAUAUUAUUCUAGGUGGCGCUCACAAACAGGAAAGCCCUUUCUUAAUUUCCUCUUCCGCUUGUGCAGAGGGCAUCAGACCUUCGGAUGACACAUGCCGAGGGCUACAGUGGAAGGAAAACCAAUUUAGGUGUGAUGAGUGGUUGACUGGUUUUCAAACCCCUUCCAUGUAUAGAUCAGUAUUUAUGCAUGGAGGGAGACGGGGAUACUGGCACACAGGAGUGGGUGGUUUUGCCCCUCUAAAACUGCAGCUAGUCCUAGGAGCCAAGUUUAGGAGACGUCAAUUAAGCAGCUAACAAAAUCAAUAAUUUCUCACGUAUUAGUUUACAACAUAUCUCAUUUGUUUCAAGAGCAGCCAAAAUAAAUGACUCAGCUCUGACAACCUCUGGUCCUUUCAAAUAUUCAAUGACUAAUGCUAUAAGGAGUAACAAGAGGACAGGCAUGAACAGAAAGAAAAAUGUGUGUGUGUAUGUGUGUGUGUGUGAGAGAGAGACAGAGACAGAGAGAGGCCUUGAACUUAACUGUAUUUUUAGUUCAGGUCUACAAAGUCAAAAUGUCAUUCAAUCCAAAUUAUUUCUUCUAAGCUAUCAAUAAAUAAGAAAUGUAUCCCUCUAAAAAGUUCACCAAUAUUUUUCAUAGGUUUUUUUUUUCAUACUAGGGAGAAAAUAAAUGGCAAGAGAUGGUUCCCCUCUUUGAAAGUAUGUAUUUUUAUAAGCAUCAUUAAAAAGAGAUGAGAUGGUGUGUUGUGAGGCUCUGUUGUAGAUUGCAGGGUACACUGGUGCCCCAGCAAAGCUGGAACCAUCGCGGAUAACAGUCUUGUGAAAAUUAGAUUCCUAAGUUCACUGCAACACACUGAGAUUGAAGACUCGUGAGUUAUCAUCCCGCCUGCAGUGACUGCCUCCUUAGGAGAAGCUGGCAAGCAGCGGGUGCAAUCUGUAUCAGCCUCAGGAUGGGAAUCGAGAACUGAGAGUCGCACAUUCCCCAGUCUGGAUGGAAGCCCAACCCAGGGACAGUGGACACCACUCUGGAAGCCGCAGCUUCUUCUGCACAUUCAGAAGGCUGCCCUCUGCCCCAAGUCUGAAGAGGCAGGCAAGAUCAGGUCUUCUCUGGGAGCUACGGUUCUCAGGGUGACCGGAAAGCUUGCACCGUGAGGGGCUGGAAGGCCUUUUGAGGAAGGGAGAGUGGAUCUCUGUACCCUACUACAGAAAGCAUCUUUGAUGACCCAACCAAACCUCCUCUAAGCAGGAAACAUGGUUCUUAAAAUAUAAUUUAGCUUUUUGUUCCUUCUACUAAGUACCUUCUCUCAGAAACCAAGUCCUAAAAGUUGCAUGAAGAACCUCCUAUGCUCCUGCAGCCCUACGAAGCUUAUCCUGACUGAAGGAAGGCAUAGCAGACAGACACUCUGUUUUGACUGAGUUUGAGGUUGCUCUUAACUACCUGUAGCCCUGUAAGGAAAAGCCUACGUGGGGAAGGCUUUGGUCUCAGAGCAUCCUGAAAUCCCAAUAGACAGGAAGAACCUCCAUGGGUGGGUUGAAAUCCUUGCAGUAAGGAUUAAAAAAUCCUGAAAUGCUGCCCUCCCCAUCCCCAACGUUAAGGGAAGCCAUGGCUGCUUUCUGGCUGUCCCACGUGAAGAUCUCAGGGUAUCAGGGAGCAUGAGGGCAACCUGCCAACAUCUCUCCCAGGCCUGAGUAGCCUCGAAUAUUGAGGGCCCUGACUAGAUGCUGCCUCUACCAAGUGAUUAUCCUGUUGCUUCCUUAAGGGUUUCUCAGGCUGUAAACAGCGAUGGCAAGAGAUAGGUUUGCUCAUACGUGGGUGCUGUUUCAUGCUGCUUUGAUGGACCCGUGUGGUUAUUUAAAGCAAUAAUUAAGGUGCUUUAUCAUUCUUUGGAACAGCAAAAUGAGUUCCAAAGUAGAAAUUAUUGCCCAAUAAUUUCUAGGAUCAUUAAGGCUUCUUCAGCUAGCAUCCAGACCGUAACUUCUCCCUCUUGCUCUCCACCCCACCUCCGCCUCCUCCUCCUGCCUCCUGUCAGCAUUUCCUGUUUCAUCAGUUUGUGUAUCUUUAUUUUGUGAAACCCAGCUCUGCCAGAAGAUGCCGAUGCAUUUGAGGGGUAGGGGAUGGGGGGCUGGAGUGGGGACUAGAAUGGACACAGUCUCGUUCAUUUUAAGGUUGGGAUUUCUAUUCUUCCUGCUGCACCUGCAUUUUGACAUUUCACUGCUCUGAAAAAUUCCCACUGGAACACUGAGUCAACAAGUCAGAGUACAGGGAACGGCAAGCCAAAAAUAUACCCUUCAGAGAGCCCAGUAAUGAAAACUAUAUUCUAUGUGAGGCCACUAACCAGUUAGAGAGCAGCACCAGCUACCUAAUCUGGAGAUGAAAGACAUUUGCUGGCUACAUAGAUUCCAAGCAUGAUGGGAAACCCAUUCCCACACGUGCCCUGUCUCCUAGCUCCCCCUUUGCAUUGCUCUUGUUUGGCCGGCCUUUUCCAGACGCAACUGUUUUCUUAUGCAACUUCAGAAACCCAGGGUCCUAUUUAAACAUACCUGCCCCCUGCAGUGGACAGGGUCAGUGGGAAGGGGCAGGGAAACAAAGGUAAGCAACUCCAUCUUUCUCAGCGCCCCCCCCCGCCCCCAUUAAAAGGGGGAGGUGAAGGAGAUAUUUUUCAAGCCAACCUCUGGAUACUUGGAAGGGUUGAAGAAAAAAGUAUCCUGUGUGUUGUAAAAGGUGUCACUAUUUCCCCAUUUCAGUGUCAGGCUUGGGUCCCCAUCUCAGGCCGUCAGUGGGCAGGUAGGGAGAAGUUAAGAGGAGAGUCUUGGUCCUCCAGGAGCUUACAAUCUUUUUUUUUUUUUUUUUUUACCAUGAAAGUCUAGGCAUUUCACACUAUUGAUAGACUGACUAGCUUCUCACCUGAAAAUCCCAUCAAACAUCAGGACAACAUUCCACUCUGGUAUUUUAGCAUGUAUGUCCUGUGAAGGCUGUAACCCAUUUCCCAUGGCAAUGGUCUGAUUCUCUCUGCCAGAGACACUGGAAGAAUCAAAGAGAAAGGCAUCAGAGCAGAAUGUGCGAAACCUCCCUGGGGAGAUAACUGCACUGUCUCCACGUCCCCUCCCCUCCUGUCCCCCACACACCGUUUAAUAACAAGAAAUUUCCAGCAAGACUUAAGAAUAUUUUCCUCUGUUACGUUAGCUACAGGUACAGAUAGGGAGAAAAAAUACAAUAAAAAUUAAAAAAGGGACUACUCCAGACCCCUAAGGAUGUUCAUCUAAAUGCAUCCCAUUAGCUGGGUCCUACUAAUAGAGAAACGACAUUACAGCAGGUAUGGCUGGAGUUAGCCAGCUCUCUCCACACUCCCACCCCCAAACAAAACCUCACCCUCACAAUGACGUUCUGAAACUGCUUCCGCACUCCUGCAACUCCAGUAAACACUCCUUAUCAUCAGAAAACACUGCUCCUGUCUUUCCCAACAUGGAUCUUUUUAUGCUUUGUCAAUGGCAUCUCUUCAACAUGGUUAUAGGGUGACAUUAUGACAAAUGACCUUCAUGCUCCCUUCAUCUGGCCCUGAAAUGAAUGAGAAUAUUGCAGUGUGAGACUUUUUUCUGGUGCCCAAUAUUAAAAAAAAAAAAAAAAAAAAAAAUUGACAUUUUUUUUAAAAACCCACCUUAGAUUUCACAUAAUAAAA